UUAGGUUAUGUGCACCGACAGUUAAAAACAAAUUAGGUGAAAGAAAAUCAUCAUCGCGAAUACUCAAGAAUAAUUUACUGUAUCUACUACUCCAAUUUCCUGCAAUCUAUCCGGUCGAUCGCUCCAGCGGCCACUCUACAGUCGUGUUCGUGCAGUUCAAGAAAAAAGAUCCCAAAAAAUUUGUAGGCGUUUUCUAAAGGGAUGGUGAAAAAUCUUGUUGAAAUAUGAUCGAUUGAGAGAUGGGGCGAGGGAUCUCAGCGUUGUUUCAGCCCAAGAAUGUUUUGAUUUUCUUCGCGGCGUUACUUCUGAUAUUUCUCGCCUAUUCCUUCUCUAAAGAGGGGGUAGAAGAGGUGGAAGAGUUGUAUGAAAUCACCCAUAGAGUGUUUAUGGAUGUCGACAUAGAUAAGCAGCGCAUAGGGAGAAUUACAAUUGGCUUAUAUGGUGAUGUCGUGCCGAAGACUGUAGAGAAUUUCAGGGCACUGUGUACAGGGGAGGUUGGCACAGCUAAAAACGGUAAAGUUCUGCACUAUAAAGGAACUCCAUUUCACCGUAUCAUACCAGGGUUCAUGAUUCAAGGCGGAGACAUCGUCUCUGGGGAUGGAAAAGGGAAUCAAUCUAUAUAUGGUGGCACGUUCCGUGAUGAGAAUUUCAAGCUGAAGCAUUCUCACGCAGGCAUAGUGGCCAUGGUGAAUUCAGGGCCUGAUUCUAAUGGAUCGCAGUUUUUCAUCACAACGGUCAAGGCUUACUGGUUGGAUGGAGAGCACGUUGUGUUUGGGAAAGUGAUUGACGGGAUGGACACGGUGUAUGCCAUCGAGGGCAGUGCGGGAACCUACAGUGGGAAGCCGAGGAAGAAGGUAAUUAUUUCGGAUUCUGGGGAAAUUCCAAAGAGCAAAUGGGACGAGGAAAGUAGAAUUUCAGUAACAUAAGAAAUUUUUUCCCAAGUUUUUGGACUGGUUUCAUUAGUAUUAUUCAACCUGCCUUUUUAUACAUAUAUAUUAUGGUGCACUUGCAUCGGAAUCUGCUCUGCGACGACUGAGCUAUGGAUAUAUGAUUAGUUUAUUACAAAGAGAGAACUCUACUCCUUGAAUUUUUUGAGUGGUUGGAUUGGUUGUGUAUCUUGUGUCUUAGAAUCUCUAGUCUAGUGUGGUGGUGGUUUUAUAUGGGUCGGCCCAAUGGUUUAUGUAUUCGGGGGACCAAAUUGGAUUGGGCCCAAAUUCUUGGCCCAACCAUCUUCAAAAUUAUACUCCUACUCUUUUAUUUAUUUAUUUAUUUGGUAAGUUUGAGAUUCGUA